AUGCUAUGUGGUGUUGCAAGUACAGAAGGUCUUGCAUCUCCUAUAACUAUUGCUAUGUACAAUUGGACCUAUGAGGAGGCUAUCCUAUACAAUGGAAUCUUGCAAGUUGUUUCUUGUGGAAUGUCGACCCUAACCUAUGCACUAACUGGAUCCACAAGAAUUGGGACAUGGGAUCGCAGUCUUGUGCUAGCUCUUGGUCUGUCAGGGUUCUCUUUUGCCAUCUUUGUCAUUAUCCUAUGCCAUUCUAUGAAGGUCCUCUCACACGACCACAAAUCGGUAAGCGAAGUUAACGGCACAGUAGCAACAGAAGCAGGAGGCUGUUCCUACAAAUACGAGUGGUGUGAGUACACACCGAGGGAAUGUCCUAUCCCCUUAUUUCAGCUCCUUCUAAUACUCUAUUAUCCGAAAUUAUUGGACCAAGAAAACAAGUGA